AUGCGCUUCCGCCUCCCGCUGCGCAUGGCGCUGCUUUCCGGCUCCCCCUCCCCCGCCCUCUCCGCGCUCCUCUCCUCCCGCCCCUUUUCCGCCCUCUCCCCCCUUGCUAGCGUCUCUUCCGCCUUCCUCUCCCCCAACCCCAUCCCCCUCCCCGCACUCUACGCGCCUUCCGCCCCCCGCGACCUCGAUCUCCGACUCCCCGGUCUCCCCGCGCCACCCGCGCUUCCGCCGAAACACUCCCCCCAUGCCCCGCAUCUUCCGCCGUUCCUUGGGGAUCCGUUCCUCGGUUGCGGCAAACCCGAGAUCCGAGAAAUAGCGGUUCCGGGGAUAUCCAUCCCCGCAAAAGGCUUUCCGCUGCCGCUUUCCGCGCCCGCCCAUCCCGCGCUUGCGCCGAAGAUAUGGGCGGGGGGAGGUCCGCGGACGUUCCCUGGCGGAGUGACCAAAUGGCAAUGGAAGCGAAUGCAGGACAAGAAGCGGCGCGCGCGGGAGCGCGCGCAGCUGAUCCGCGAGCAAGAGGCGUUCGAGGCGAAGCGGCGCGAGCAGCUCCGCAUCUUGCGCGGCCCGGAGCGCCCCUGGGGGGACGACUCGGACCGCGGAUGGGGGAAAGCCCCACGGGAAGGGCGGCUGCCGCCGGCUUUUCCGCAGCGAUCCGCGGGGCCCCCGCUUCCGUGGGAAAACCGGCGCGGGGGUGAUGAUACUGCGCGCCGAUGGGGGGAGGAGGGGGGCGGGGAGCUUUGGAAGGGUUUGGGGGAGGAGGGGACAGGGGGGAUGAUAAUUCCUUGGGAGAGGCAAGGGGGGAAGGCGGAAGGGGGAGCGGGUUGGGGGAGCGCGCGGGAGGAGCAACGGGGGGGGAGUGAUUGGCGGAACCAGGGGGGCAUGGCGGAAGGGUUAGGGGGGGAGCGGGAAGAGGGACCAGUUCGCUGGGAGCGGCUUCCGCAGGUGCCAUUGGCGGAGCGGAGGCGGCAGGCUGGGGGGGAGCGCGCGUGGGGGGAAGAUCGCGCUAGGGGGGAGCAGCGCGCUUGGGGGGAGGAGCGCCUGAGGGAGGACCAGCGCAAUAGGGGGGAGCAGCGGGGGCGCACAGCGCCAGUGGCGGGGGGGGAUGUGCGCCCGUGGCAGCGGGAGGGGGAGGGGGAGAUGCGCGAGGGGGAGGGGGAGGUGCACCAGUGGCGGAGAGGGGAGGAGGGGGGAAUGCGCCAACAGCAGCGGGGGGAGGAGGGGGGGCGCGUGUGGUGGGAGGAGGAUACGGAGGCUGGGGCGGAGGGGGGAAUGCGCCCACGGGGAAGGGGGGAGAGGGGGAGAGGGCAAGGGGGAACAGCAAGGGGCGGUAGUGAUGGGGUUAGAGGGGGAAGGAUGAAGCAAGAGGGGGCAAUUGAGGGAUUGGCAGUGGAACGGGGGGAAGAGGGAGAGGAAGGGGAAGAGGGUUGGAUGUGGUGGGAGGAAGGAGGGCUGUAUGGGCGAGGGGGAGGGGGAGGAAAGGGGGCAGGAAGGAGGGGAGGCGGAGGGAAUGGAGGAGGAGAGGGAAGAGGUGGGAUGGGAGGAGACACGAUGGGAGCAGGGGGGGCAGGAGGGAGAGGAGGAGGAGAAGGAAAGGCGUCCACUGCAGCGCGCCAAGCCAGGCAGGCACAGCUACCAGCAGCAUUUCCCGUGGCAGGGGAAGAGGCAGGACGGGUGGGAGGAGAGGAGAGAACAGGUGCAUGGGGAGCAGGCGGAGGAGCACGAGGAGGGGGAGGAGGGAGAGGAGGAAGAGAAGGAAGAGAAAUGGCAGGAGGAGGACGGGGAGGGAGAGGAGGAGGAGGGAGAGGCAGGGGAGGAGGGCAGAGGGGAGCGUAUGAAGGAUCAAGCAGGGGAGGAGGGCAGAGGGGAGCGUAUGAAGGAUCAAGCAGGGGAGGAGGGAGGGGAGCAUCAUUGGUGCUGCCAGCAGUACCGGAGGAGGUGAUUGGUCGACACGUGAAGCUCAAACACGUGGAGGAUCUUUGGAACGAGGAUGAUGGGCCGCUGGAGAGAGGAUCCGGGGCUGCUUAUAACGAGUAUGGGACUCCUCCUGAAGGUGCUGCUCGUGCUGGUGGCGAUGGUAGUGGUGGUGCUGUUGGUGGUGCUGUUGGUGGUGCUGUUGGUGGUUUGAAUGCGAGAGGAAGUGGCCAAUUGAAGGAGGAGGAGGCAGAGGAGGAGGAGGACAGGAGGGCUGUUUCAAGGAUCCCUUGCAGAGAACACAACGCCAGCAUUCCCAAGGGUGACAGCAGUGAUGCUGACAACACCGAGCGUGAUAAUACCGGUGAUGGAUGUGAUAAUAACAACAGAAGCAGCUCAGUGGGAGUGGAAGCAGGCAGUUUUGACUCCUUGCCGCUCUCUCAAGCCAUGCUUACAGCCAUCAGUAGCAGCAUGGGCUUUAAGCGCUGCACUCCCUUGCAAGAAGCUACCAUGCCGCACAUACUGGCAGGAGCUGAUCUCUUGGUCAAGGCUAGUUCAGGCACAGGGAAGACCAUGGCUUAUAUGGCUCCUCUCAAGCAACAGUACCUCUCCCACGCGCCUGCUUGCUGGGGCCGGCUCCUUACAGACUUCUUCGACUCUCCCACUCGGCCGCUUGCUGGUGCUGGCACCCCUGUGGAGGUGCUGGUGGUGUGCGCUAACAGAGGGAGAGCCGAGAGGGCUCUGGGGCAGGCGCAGCAAGUACUGCAUCUGCUUCAGGUGUCGCAGACACAGCAGGAAGGAAUGAAAGAAUUAGGAAGAACGGAUUCUUCAAGAGGAUUAGGUGACAGGAGGAGAGGAGGAAUUAGGGGUAGGCGUGCUGACCGACUGAAGGGCGUGAGGCAGGGAGGGGAGUCGGGAGUUGGGCCACAGGGAGUGGGGCAGCAAGCGGUGGGGGUGCAGAUGGUGGUUGGAGGGUUGAGUAUGGAUGGUGAGGGGAGGCGGUUGCAGCAGGCGCCGUGUCAAGUGCUGGUGGCGACUCCUGCUCGGCUGUUGGAGCACUUGCAGCAGACACAAGGCAUGCGGAACCGAGUGCAGCAGCUGAAGGUGAGCAGUAGGAGAGAAGAGGAGGUGAAAGGUGAGAACAGUAGGCACCGUGUGUGCGAGGUGCCAGCGAUGGCAACUCCUGGGCGGCUGUUGGAGCACUUGCAGCACACACAAGGCAUGCGGAACGUGUAG